AUGGCCAAGAUAAUUUUGAGAUCAAAAGCCAAACCGCCACUUGCCCGGUCGCCGAUUAGGCUUCGCCCCAUUCGUUCUCUUCAAUCCACGGUCAACACCACCACUAAAACCCCACCAGGUUCCUUACCGAACUCCCAGUUGCCUAAACGCAAUUGGGAUAUGAAAGAACCGGAUCUUCGACCGGAGUACCGUACAAUUUCAUGUGAAUUGAGGUCUUUGGCUAAAAUGGUACAUCAAGAAUUUGGAACAAGGGAUGAUGUUGGAUUUGAUGGAGAUGGUUUUAAUGUUAAUAGUAGUUGUUUGUUUGAAAGGGGCAGGUUUUAUGAAGAAUACUCAGCUAGAAGAAAUGAGAUGUUGAAGAGAAAGAAAGGGGACGAGGAGAAGAAGGCAGUGAAUGAUCUUGGUGUUAGAGUUGAGUCUUCAAAGAAAAGUGGGGCCAAGAAGUUUGAGAGCAGGAGUAAAACGGCAGCCGCCGCGCCGCCCAUGGCGGAGAGGGAGGCUGCAACGACUAGGUCAUCGUUGAGGAGUUGUACAAGCAAGGCCAAGGAGAACGAGAAGCCUCCUCCCUUGCCUCUGUAUGGUCAGAAAUCCUGCAUUUCAGAGCGGAAAGUUGGAGUCACAAAGGUCAGGAAGAAGUGGUUUUGA